CCCCUCGACAUCCAAGAGGCGGGGUCUCAAAUUCGCGUCUCAAACGGCUUCAAACGCGUCGGAGCUCCAGAAAUCGACAUCAUCGUUGUAUCUUCCCAUUAAACAUUAUCCCGCCGAUGCCACCACCAUGCCAAGAGAAAUAAUCACCAUUCAGGCAGGCCAGUGCGGCAACAGCAUUGGCAGUCAGUUUUGGCAGCAGCUAUGCCAGGAGCACGGCAUCAGUCAGGACGGCAACCUCGAGGACUUUGCAACCGAGGGCGGCGAUCGAAAAGAUGUCUUUUAUUACCAGAGUGACGAUACCCGGUACAUCCCAAGAGCUAUCCUAAUCGAUCUGGAGCCACGAGUUAUCCACGGCAUCCAAACAGGCCCAUACAGAAACAUAUACAACCCUGAGAACUUUUACGUGGGCAAGAAUGGUGUAGGGGCCGGAAACAACUGGGGCGAUGGGUACCAGACGGGAGAGUUAGUGCACGAGGAGAUCAUGGAGAUGAUCGACCGGGAAGCUGACGGCAGUGAUUCUCUCGAGGGCUUCAUGAUGCUGCAUUCGAUCGCCGGAGGCACAGGCUCAGGCUUGGGUUCCUUCCUACUUGAAAGGUUAAAUGACAGAUUCCCCAAGAAGAUCAUCCAGACAUACUCCGUAUUUCCUGACACGACAAACUCCGGCGACGUGGUGGUACACCCAUACAACAGCAUGCUCACCAUGAGACGCCUCACCCAAAAUGCCGAUUCAGUGGUUGUCCUCGACAACGGAGCUCUCUCCCACAUCGCAGCAGACAGACUUCACAUGCAAGAGCCCUCCUUCCAACAAACAAACCAGCUGGUAUCGACCGUCAUGUCGGCCAGCACCACCACCCUCCGCUACCCAGGUUACAUGCACAAUGAUCUUGUCAGCAUCCUCGCAUCUCUCAUCCCGACCCCACGUUGCCACUUCCUCAUGACUUCUUACACACCCUUCACCGGUGAUCAAGUCGAGCAGGCCAAGACAGUCCGCAAGACCACCGUUCUGGACGUCAUGCGUCGUCUCUUGCAGCCCAAGAACCGCAUGGUAUCGACCGUGCCUGGCAAAAAGAGUUGCUACAUUUCCAUCUUGAACGUCAUUCAAGGAGAAGUUGACCCGACAGACGUCCACAAGAGUUUGCUGCGUAUCCGUGAACGUCGUCUUGCCACUUUCAUUCCGUGGGGUCCCGCCAGUAUUCAAGUGGCUCUGACCAAGAGAAGCCCAUACAUCCCCAUGGCACACCGUGUCAGCGGUCUAAUGUUGGCCAAUCACACGAGCAUCGCAACUCUUUUCAAAAGAAUUUACCGCCAGUAUGAUGGCAUGAGAAAACGCAAUGCCUUCUUGGAGGGCUACAAAAAGACGGCUCCCUUUGCUGACAAUCUCAGCGAGUUCGAUGAGGCUCGAGAGGUCGUCACAGAUCUCAUUGCCGAGUACGAGGCCGCCGAAGACGCCAACUAUCUCAACCCCGAUGUUGGCAACGAGAAUCCCCCCUCGGCUGAAGUGGACAAGAGGAUGGGUUAAUCGAGGUUCUUUUCAAGAGGUGGCGGUUUCCCACAAUGUAUGAGUGAUGGAUGGAUGGCUAUGGUUGUGCAAUUUUAGGCGCUCAGGGGCUCCAUAGGGACAGGAAGCGAGCAUGCAUCUGUGUAAGUAACGCUCUUGUUCCUGUUUUGAGAUGACUUGAAUGAGAGCUACGGAUGGAACAAUACUAUUACAUAUUCUCACAUCUGAAAGACGUCGCCAAAUGACCUUCCUGAUGUCAGGUCAUCAUUGUUGCGCUACCUAACACCAUGUCACGAGUGACCGUUCGUAUGGCUGGCAGACUCUGCGAACGCGGACAAUGAGGCCGACACUGAGUGUUUGGCUAUUAUAAAUACCCUUCAGUUCUCGGCUUUUCCUACCAGUGGAAUGGCAAGUCAACUCUACCAGCAAAUACCAGCGGGCCAUGAGUACUCGUCAAGUUGAGUACCGGGAGCACUGGUCCCACGGAUAUACCCAAUCCUAUUCUUACGACGACCGCCUUUCCUCGCGAUUUCGCACUUACGCUUCCCAUCCGCGUCCCACCCAUGGUUAUCAAUCACAGCUCGACAUGUACCCUCUGACUGCUGCACCAUGCUUCUAUCACCAAGCUGUGCUCUUAUAUCCCAUUGGACCGCAGUAUCCUUAUUACCAUUCGCCACCAUACAACCCGACCCCUUUGUCUGCUUUUCACUCACCAUCAACUAGCUACAACAUCCCCUUUCCGCCGAGUCCGCUGUCUAGCUGUUAUUCAGCGUCGACAGAAAUUUCCGUCCACCCUUUUCGCCGAGUCCCCUUUCUGACUGCCAUUCUCACGGCUGACCCUCCCGGGCGGGGCUUACACAGCGGUUGCUGCAAGCACCGCAACCAAACCAUGCUUCAUCAAGAAUAACGUCGCUGAGAAGACAAGCAUCCACGAGCUCAAGAUGGGGCACAUCAACACCAGGCACGGCACCACAACUAGCACACCCCAGAGCACGCCAUGCAGUCCCCCUCCUCGGGAUGAGCGAAGAGGGCAUCGGGAAUCAUUGAAAUUGGUGGUUGAAGAAAUCAGCGACGAAUUAUGUCUCAGAAACCCCGGACGGGAGAUAUGGCUCGCCUCUAAGCCAACGGAGAUCAAGCGUGGGCAGUGUGGAUACAAUCUUAACGCAGACAACAUGCGUCGCGAGCCCAAGCCCACACGAACUCCCCCAAACGCCUGCGUCAAGCACCAAAGGCCAUCCACAAAAGGCGAUACCAAGAAGAAAACCAGUCCCGCCCCCAGUCUCAAACGUCAGCCCAGCACAGCCAAAGAUUAUACGAAUGAAACCAGUCCCUCCACCGAUGCCAAAGGCCAAGCCAGCACAGCCAAAGAUCAAAUCGAAAAACCUAUCUGUUUUUACAGCAACGAGAAGGGCAAUUUUCUAGCGAGGUAUAUCCACUAUCUGGAGGGUAUACACGGCCGGGUUUUCUUCAGAGUGGUGGAGGAUGACGAAACAGCUAUGUGGCUGGCAGCUGGUUUUGCGCUUAACAAGUCAGCGCAAUGGCAAAGCUGGGAAAACUGAGGGAAAUGCCUGUGGAAGAGGUGUUGGGGUACGUUCAACGCAUAUACCCAGGUGAGGUUGUAGAGUCAAACGGAUGUUAAGACUCAGGGUUGAAACGCAGGAGACGAGAUAAUUUAUGUCUCCGGUGUAUGGGCUGGCUGUGUAUCGGGUGCCGUAUCGGGUUGGUGAUAAUGGGUAUUAUCAGAGGUACCUAUAUGGACUCGGUAAGCUCAAAUUAGUCAGGUUACUACCAUUGAAGGGUAGGUAUUAGUGUUGUGGGCUUGUUACUGAUACGCUUGUGCUUUUUAAUUUCUCGCACAGAACAGGCAAAGAUGGAUGGAAUUUGAAGUCAUUGGGGGUCUGUUUGAAGUUUCAUAAUCGCGGUUGGAGGGCUGACAGUCCGGUACUUGCUGGCAAAGAUUGUAUAUCUGGGAUAUCGAGCACGUUCAUAGAUAUCGUUUACAGAGAUUGCCUAGGUAAAGAAUAGAAUAUGAUGCAAUCACACCUCA